AUGUCCCACAUCCACUCCCCAAGUCCCGCCGCUCUUUCUCAUCCACAAAUGCCUGCACAAUCCGUCUCUGCUGCUACUGCGCCACGCCAAAAAUCAAAAGCUUAUGCUACAGGUAUAGCAGCUGGCGUUGAAGUUGAAAAGUAUCAGGCAAAAUACAAGGAACUGAAGCGAAAAGUCAGAGAAAUCGAAACGGACAAUGACAAGAUGCAGUACAAGGUCCUCAUGGCCAAAAAAUCAAUCCAGCGCAUGAAACUGGAACGAGCUGUCUUGUAUGAACGUCUUUCUGCUGUGCCACCUUCUCCAGACAUUCACAGUCAUGCACUUCCCCCUUCUCACUCUGGUCCUGGGGUUCCUCCCCAACACCCGCGUGAUACGGGUGCUACUGGGCAUCACCAACAUCGUGACCAUCGUGAUUUUCAACCCGUAGAUUUGAACGAUCACAAUGCUAUUGAGUACAUGCACAAUCAUAACAACUUCCGUGUUAUUCCUGGUCCAGAUGGUCGACCUAUGCAAGCACCCGACGGGCCCAUUGGUCCAGGAGUUGCGCCUUCCCACGCAAUUUCUGCGGUGCACAUGUCGAGAGGCGGUUCCGCCUCAGGUCAUGACUCUUCCCGGCAGCUGCCACCCCUCUCGCAGUUGACUCCUAUACAACAUCUUGAGCCUCCGAGGGCGCAUGGACAUUCACAGGCUCAUAGCCCUCAUCUUCAUCCUCACAGUAAUGGUUCUUCGCGUUCGCAAUCCUCGCCUUCCAGAUCGCGUGGACAUCCGAUAAGUUCUCAGGCACCUCCCCCGGGAUACCACUCAGGAGGUAUUCCCCACCCGCAACAGUACUCCCAGGAUUCCCUCAUACCUGUGCAGCAUGGGCAUCACAGCCCGCCACAUCCGAGUGAUAGGGAACGAUCUAGAAGGCAUGAGACACUCGAGCGUGGCAGCUACCAUGGCGAUCCUUACACUCAUUCACGGCAACAUUCUUCUUCACAUUCUUCCCCUCGAGCAUCGUCGCGUCUCCAUAGCCAUCGGCCUAACAUUAGUCACCCAGAUCCAGAAUAUGAGCGCGAUCUAGAGAGAGAUCGUGCGUGGCCUCGUCACGAGGGCGAAUCUGCUCGAGAAUACGUGCCUUCGGGUGCAAUGCAUGCAUCUCCUCCCUCACACCUGAGGCCCAGACCUCCUGUAGACAGGGGAGACUACCAAUACUCGCGCGAGCCCAUUGGACCCGGUGUGCACGGUCGGUCAUCUCGUUCUGAUACAUCGGGAUCUGGUUCCGGAUCUGGCUCCGGAAAUGGUGGCGGGGAUGCACUAUCACGGCCGGAAGGUCACACUCAAUAUUAUGACCGAGAAAGGGGACCCUAUGCACCCCGUCAAGCAAAUCCGCCGCGUAACCCAAGUGAGGACCAAGAUGUCAUUUAUGAAGAUGGCCGCUCAUACAGCCGCGACCGAACUGGCGGGCAUUACGUACUUCCAGAACAGCACCGCCCUCCUGUCGACUCAUCGAGGAAACGCUCUCGUAAGGACAUGGAGAUUGAUGGGGAUGACGUCGAUGAUUCCCCUGCGGCGGGUAGUUCAGGGGGCGGAGGGGAAGCCCCGUUGAGGUACCCGGGCGGUCAUCUUUCUGACGAUCGUGGCCCCAAGAGGCUUCACCAGGAUGCGCGUUCUCACGAGCGGGAGGAGGAGGAAGAAGAGGAUGGGGUUUCGGAUGCUUAGAGAAGUUUUAAUUAUUUUUUUUUGCGGCGGCGUCGUUGAAAAGUAGGUUGCCUGUUUAGAUCUUCUUGAGCCCCAGUACUUGGUGAGAUGCUUUCAUGGUUUAUUGCAUGUAUGUAUAUGUUGUUCAGUAUUUCUGUGCACUCGCUAGCCCUUUGUAUGUUUCAUAUACCCCGUUUGUCAUACUGUGCUCGUCUCAUGUGCUCGCAGCUCCAUGCUUAUCGCCACAUAUGAAAGAACGACUGUCUCUCGAAUUCUAUCGGAUAGGUCUGACUAGCGAACAACGUCGAACUAUGUUUGUCGUGAGAAGGGUACAUACGAAUAAUCGCGGUAGAUGUGUAGGCCGGCGGAUCAAAGCGUAGAUCUCUCCCUUUUGUCCUGUACAGCAAUAGACGUCAAGCAAUGGCGGCUAGGGGGAUUCCCAAAAUAUGUAUUACGCAAAGGGGAAUAACAAUG